CAGCUAUUGACUGUGGUUCACUAGAAGAUCCACUGAAUGGAAAAGUGGAUGCACCUAACACUACAUAUGCAUCUUUCGCAAGAUAUUCCUGUUUUGAUGGAUAUGCUCUUGUCGGAGAAAGCAUGAGGGCCUGUCUCAUUACUUCUUUGUGGUCUGGCAGUGAGCCACAAUGCCUCUUGACUCCAAACAUAACUGAAACAUCAGAGGAUAUGGUAGCGAACAGAGGGCAAAAUGUGACACUCAGAUGUAGUGGAACUGGAGAUACUCCACUCAAUGUGUCAUGGGUAGCCCCAUCUGGUGAAGUUCACAAUGUUCUCCACAGCAAAGAGGAAGGAGUAUCUGGUCUAUUCUGGGUAGCUCAAGGUUUCGUUGUUACUAUUUUCAGUGAUACUGAUGGUGGUACAUACACAUGUAUCGCUGAAAAUGAAGGAGGCAGUGCCAAUUCCUCAGUAGUGGUGUAUAUUGCUCCAUACUUUAUAAAUGAGCCACUUGAUGUAUUUGCUACUAAUGGGAGUUUUCAAAGUGUCACCUGUUGGGGCUGGAGCAUUUCCUUCACCCUGACUACUUGUGGGUGGCUACAGGGAUAGCAAUGGUCACAGAAAGUGAUUCAGCAGCUGAAGCAUAUUUAGGAAGUGGUGGAAGCAGUUCUGAUAGUUUUUUCAGUGGUUCAGGGAGUGGUGACUCUUUUGUGCAUGAGAUUCUGACAGAAAAUGAAACUCUUAUUUUUGAUCCUGUCACUUUCGGUGAUGAAGACUUUGUCUACUGGUGUUUUGUCUACAAUGAGUUUGGAGUCAUUUACAAGAGCAUCAAUGUCACAGUGUCUCCAGAAGGAAGUGUUUCUGUCACAUCUGACAAGGAGAUAUAUGAUAAUGAAGAUAGUGCAGUGUUGACAUGCACACACCUUGGGGGACCUGGAAAUAUUGUACAGUGGCUGAGAAAUGGUUCACUUGAAGCAGGGAACGCAAACAAUACAUUUGCUAUUGAGGAAGUGGUAAUUGGAGAAAUGUUUACAUGUAUAGUAACUAAUCUCGCCGGUGAAGGUCGUAAUGGUAUUGUUAUAAACGUAGCUCCAAUAAUUAUUUCAAACCCUGCAAGCAUUUUUACUGUUGUCAACCAGAGUGUGGAAUUCUGCUGCAGCAUUAGCUCCUACCCACCACCACUGUAUGAGUGGUUCAAGGUGAAUGGCUCACUACCAGCCAAUAUUGAGAAAGGUAGCUGUCUUCUCAUGAACCAAGUCAGUUUUGGUGAUGAGGGAGAAUACUACUGUAUCGGCACUUCAAACAGUCUCUCCAUCACAUCCCAACCAGCUGUUCUUACUAUAUCACCAGAAGGGAGUGUUUCAAUAGUGUCGGAUAAAGAGGUGUAUGAUGUUGAAGAUGCUGCAGUGUUGACAUGCAUACACCUUGGAGGACCUGGAAAUUGGAUACAGUGGCUGAGAAAUGGUACACUUCUAGCACAAGAAGCAGCUGAUGCAAUUAACAUUGAGAGGCUAGUAGUUGGAGAGGUGUUCACGUGUAUAGUUACUAACCAUGCUGGGGAGGAUCGUGAUGAUAUCAUUCUGAAUAUUAUAUCACCCACAUUUUCAUCACAACCUUCAAGCAUCUUUACUCUUGUCAACCAGAGUGUGGAAUUCUGCUGCAGCAUUAGCUCCUACCCACCACCACUGUAUGAGUGGUUCAAGGUGAAUGGCUCACUACCAGCCAAUGUUGAGAUCAGUAACAGUAGCUGUCUUCUCGUGAACCAAGUCAGUUUUGGUGAUGAAGGAGAAUACUACUGUGUCGGCACUUCAAACAGUCUCUCCAUCAUAUCUUCCACGGCCAUUCUUACUAUAUCACCCUAUGGCAGUGUCAGAGUGUCACCUCACAAUGUUGUAUUCAACAAUGGAGAUUCAGUCAACCUGACAUGUCUGGCAGAUGGAGGACCUGGGAACACUUACCAGUGGACCUUCAAUGGAAGCCUUUUAGAUAACCGAAACGAUCACUUGGUACUACCAUUCAUUGAUGCAAGUGAAAUUGGUGGCGAUUAUACUUGUACUGUUACUAAUGCAGCUGGUAAUGGUAGCGAUUUUACUGUUGUCAAUGUGUAUCCAACCAUCACUUUACAACCUUCUGAUACCUUUGUCACUCCAUUUGCAAAUGGAAUGCUAAAUUGUGAAGCUGUUGCCUUUCCAUACCCAGACUAUACCUGGGUCCAUGUGGAACAACUAUACACUCCAUUUGCCUCUGGAUGGAAUACGUCCACGUUAACAUUUAAUGCCACAGACUACAUUGAGGGGUCAGAGGGAGACUAUUACUGCAAAGCAACAUCUAACGGAGUGUCUAUAGAAACAGAAAGUGCUACUGUGUUUGUUUUUCCACAUAAUGUCCACAUAAACUCAACGACACUUGAAUUUGCAUAUGAAGAAGGAGACACUUUAUACUUGAGCUGCAUGCAUGAUGGAGGACCUAACAAUGCCUACUUUUGGUGGAUAAAUGGACAACAGCUGAGAGAGACCAGUAUGACUCUCAUCCAUACUAUCACACUAGCCGAUGAAGGUGGUGGUUUCUACAACUGCCAAGUCAGCAAUCCAGCAGGGCAGAACAGUAAUGGGAUUUAUGUAUACACAUUCCCUACAAUAUUUGCUCCACCAGUUGAUACGUACGCUCUUGUGGGUGGAGUUGCAAACUUCACCUGUGGUGCCAGGGGGUUCCCUGCACCUUCUUACGCCUGGUCUAAGACAGAUGGUAGUCUUCCUAAUACCAGCACCAUACUGACUGUUGAAGGUGGUUUCUCCAGACUGGUUAUAUCCCUAGUAGAGGUAGAGCACCAUGGUGAGUACAACUGCAUCGCUUCUGGUAGAGGUAGUGACCAGUAUUCUGCUGUUUUGACAGUGUUCCAGGAAGAUGGGGUAAUGGUUUCUUCAAGUCAACCCAUCUAUUCUGAAAAAGAUAAUGCAACUCUAACAUGCACCUCAUUUGGUGGACCUGAAAACUCUUUCCAGUGGUUCAAAGAUGGAGCUGCCAUUACUCAAGUGGUAACAGGAGAGAAUAAUACCAAUGUCCUAGUGAUCUACAAUGUCACUGCUUCUACUCAUGGUGGGGUGUACACAUGUGUUGUCAAUAACUCUGCUGGUAACAGUAGCGAGAGUAUUAGUCUCAAUGUUGCACCACAGUUUAGUCAGUCACCACAGGAUGUACUCACAAGAGUUGGUGAGACUGUACAAAUGGUGUGUGAAGCAGUAGCCUACCCUCAGCCAACCUAUCAGUGGGAAAGGCUGAAUGGAGAUUUACCUGCUAAUGUUACUGCCAGCAACAGUACAACACUGACACUUCAGUCAAUUGAUUAUGAAGAUGAGGGCUCUUAUUUAUGUACUGCAACUACAAAUGGAGAGUCUAUUCAAGCUGCAGCAUCUCUAAUAGUGUCACCUGAAGGCGGUGUCUCUGUAUCACCUGAUCAUGUUGUAGUUGACGGUAACCAGACUAGACUAAUACUCACCUGCACAUCCUUAGCUAUGUUUAGGGUGAUAUUCCAGUGGAGAUAUGGUGAUAUUCCUAUAGUCAGUGAAGCAUUGCAGACACUGGUACUGAAUGACAUCACACCAAGUGAAGAUGGUGGACACUAUGAAUGCAUUGUAACUAAUGCAGCAGGGAAUGGAUCAAACAGUGCAACUGUUCUCUUUAGUCCAGUCAUAACAGCAAACCCCAUUCAUCAAACAGCAUCAAAUAGCUCCGACAGCAUCAGCUUUAACUGUUCUGCUACUGGCUAUCCCCAACCAACAAUCCAGUGGUUUAGACAGAAUCAUGAAUCUCUUCCAUCCAAUAGUUAUGUCAGUGAUUAUGCAGACACCUCAAUUUUGACAAUUUAUACUCCUGAGUUUGGAGACGAGGGAUACUAUUACUGUUCUGCUUUAGCCAUCAACAUCAGCACUACAUCACUAAUAGCAACACUCUACAUUUCUCCUGAAGGCAGUGUGGAGGUUUCACCAAAGAAUAAAGUUUUUGCCUACGGGGACUAUGUCACACUGAACUGUACAGCAAGAGGAGGUCCAGACAACAUAUUCAGUUGGCUCUACAAUGACAUCUCUGUUGGUUAUACCCAGAUGCUGACAAUUGUACACUUCACAAUAUCUGAUGCAUUGACAUAUGAGUGCAGGGUUGAUAAUCCUGCUGGUAAUGGCACUGACACCACACAACUCUACCUUGAACCAAGGUUUGUAUCAGAGCCAGCAGAUGUAUUCACCAGAGUCAAUGACACAGUCAGCCUGACAUGUAUAGUUCAGGGAAAUCCACUCCCACACAUCACCUGGGAGUAUGAAGGAGAGCUUUUGCCACUGAAUGAAGAUUAUGGAUCAGCAGAGCCAUGGUUGGGUGUUGGUCCCGAAUCAAGAGUCAGAGUGUAUGAAACCCACACCUCUGAUCACGGCUUAGCUCUGAAUAGUACUACUGAGAUAGCUGGCAUUACCUACAGUGAUUAUGGUUUGUACAGUUGCACAGCUAGUUUUGCAGUACGAGAGGAAUAUUUCAGCACUUCAUCCAACAUAACUCUUACCAUCUCUCCUGUGGGAAGUGUGAAGAUGACUCCAUCAGUAGUCAAUGUCAGUCUGAAUGACACUAUCACUGCAACCUGUACUGCUGAGGGAGGUCCAGACAAUCAGCUCACCUGGAGUGCUGUUGCAACUGAUGGACAAGUCACCAUUCUCCAGAAUGAGCCUGAACUGGUGGUGGAGGUUGCUGAAGUUGAUGAUACUGUUUACCGCUGCCUUGUGGAAAACUCUGCCGGCUAUGAAGAAACCAAUCUUACAGUUUACUUUGUUCCAGUUAUUGUAAUUGUUCCACCACUGGAUGUCAAUGUCACUAGAGCCGAAGAAUUGCAUUUGACUUGCUGUGCCAGGGGGUUUCCUGUUCCUUCGAUAGAGUGGUACCACAAUGACUCUCUAAUCAAUAUAAGCACCUCAUACUACAUACCUGAUCAGAGGCUCACUAUUUGCAGUGUUCUUGUUGAAUAUAGCACAGACCUGUCCGAUGGUGGGAAGUAUGCAUGCAGAGGUAUCAACAUAGCCGGUAAUGUGACGUCCAUCCCACCAUCUUUUGUUCUAGUCCAAGUUUUUCUAGAUCGACCAGUCAUCACUGGUGUACAGAAUGUAACAUCAGAGAGUGUUGUCCUCCAGUGGGUGGAGCCACACCACAACAAUGCCCCAAUACUUGGGUUCUACAUCUACACAUAUGGUGAUCUAGUGGGAAAUGUGACAGCUGAUGAAGACUCCCUGAAUGUGACUGGACUGAUGCCAGACACAGAGUAUGUGUUCACUGUCACUGCCUUCAACAGCAUUGGCAUCAGUCAGCCAAGCCUACCCUACGUGGUACAACCUUAGAAGCAGCUCCAUCAGCUGCUCCGGAUAAUGUAACUGCUAUAGUGCUAUCUAGUACUCAAAUCAUAGUCUCCUGGGAUGAGGUACCCACUGGAGAGAGAAAUGGAGGCAUCACCUACUAUGAAGUACUGUACAACCCUCUUGAUUCUUUUGAGGGAGGGAUAGCAAAUGGAAGUGUCGCAACAGUCAACAGAUCCCUUCUGCUAGAAGGGCUAGAGGAAUAUGUGACUUAUAGCAUCACAGUCAGAGCUCACAACAUUGCAGGAGCUGGACUAUUUAGUGACGCUCUUCUUGCAGAUACACUGGAAGAUGUUCCUUCAGCUGCUCCAACAAAUCUGGGGGUGACUGCUGUUUCUCCAACAGUUUUGGUUGUAGUCUGGACUGCACUGCCAGAGAGGGACUGGAAUGGGUUAAUUUGGUAUAUUGUACAAUUCAGACAGGCUUCAUCACAGAUGGAGUAUUCUUCUGUUUCUACGUCUAACACAACAGUAACACAGUAACAAUAGAAGGACUGCUGAUUUUCACAGAGUACCGUGUUCGUGUGAGAGCAGCAACAAGUGUAGGAAGCGGACAAUACAGUGGAACAGUUUUUGAGACUACACUUGAAGAUGUUCCCAGUGCUGCUCCUGUUAAUCUGGUUGUGACUAAUGUGACAUCUACCACUGUUGGGCUAAUGUGGGGAGAAAGUCCCCGAGAUGAAUCAAAAUGGGAUUAUAACUGAGUACCACCUGAGGUUUCGUCAGCAAAACGCUGAUAACAACUUGUGGACAGAUGUGACAGUUCCAGGAUCAAACCUCACUGCAAGUCUUGGAGAUCUCCAGGAGUUUGCGACAUACGUUAUUCAAAUUAGUGCUGCAACAGUAGCAGGCGUUGGUCCGUUCACUCCUGAGCUAAAUGUUACUACCUUUGAAGAUGUACCCUCAGCACCUCCUGUAGGCAUCCAAGUGACGGUUCUUAAUUCAACCAGCUUGAAGGUAACGUGGGAGCCCCUCUCACCCGCUGACGAGAAUGGAAUCAUAACUUGUUUUGAGUUGGAAUACAGUUCAGUAUAUUCAAUUCAGCAGCAGUGUAUUUUUGACCUGAUGAUAGAACUAGUUGGGUUAGAAGAACACACACAGUACUCCAUUAGAGUAGCAGCAUACACUUCAGUUGGUGCUGGACCAUUCAGUGAAUCAGUAGUGGCAACAACUGAGCAGGACGAGCCAUCUUCACCACCAGCAACAGUUGUUGCAGUCUCAUUAUCACAGUCCACCAUACAAGUAGCAUGGGAUGAGGUGCCAGAAAGGGAUCGCAAUGGUAUCAUCACCAUGUAUGAGAUAGAGUACUGGAAGAGUGGGGACCAAGCCAGCCGUGACAAUGUGACUUUAGAUUCUGAUGUUUUCCUGGAUGAGCUGACCAUGUUAGAGGAUUUUCAAACAUACAUUAUUCGCGUGAGAGCCUACACCGUGGUUGGUGCAGGACCCUACAGUGAACCAAAGACAGCUGAACCACAACAAAAUGCUCCCUCUGGUCCACCUCUGAAUGUGACAUCUCAAACUGUAAGCUCCUCAUCAAUACUAGUCACGUGGGAUGAGGUACCAGCUGUUCAGAGAAAUGGAAUCAUCACUAAGUAUGAGGUGCAGUACAACCAUACAGCCUACAGUAGUUCAGACAGCAGCACACAAACCGAGCAAACAUCAAAUCAGACGAUAGUGCUGGUUGGUCUCCAUGAGUAUACAGAGUACCUUAUCCAAGUUCGUGCUCACACUAUUGUGGGUCAUGGACCAUAUAGCAAUCACACUGUGUCCAUCACUCUACAAGACAGACCAAAAGCACCGCCAGAAAAUCUAAGGGUGUUCCCUCUGAACUCUACCUCUCUCACUGUCUCCUGGGACUCUGUACCACCAGUUCAUCAGAAUGGAAACAUCACUAAAUAUGAAGUAGAAUAUAACCAAACAAAAUUUCCUGCUGUACCCAGACAGAUUAAGAUCACAGUGGAUGGUGUAAAUAUGACGGAGGCACUUGAUGAUCUACAGGAGUAUGUCAAGUAUUUUGUGAGAGUCAGGGCAUACACUAUCGUUGGACCUGGAGACUACACUUUGCCAGUGCAGCAGACAACACUGGAGAAUGCUCCUUCAGGAUAUCCGACAGAUUAUGAAGUGACUCCGCAAUCUCCCAAUUCUGUGAUCAUGGAGUGGGGUCCAGUUCCAGAGAUAGACCAGAAUGGAGUCAUAACUUCCUAUGAAGUGGUCUACUCUCAGAGCAGUAUUGACUACCUCCCCCAGUCAGGGACUGUGACUGCCACAGAGACAUCCACAUCCGUGGGUCCACUGCAGCCCUUCAUUCCAUACAACCUGACUGUGAGAGCUUUCACCAGUGUUGGGGCUGGCCCCUUCAAUCCCACACCUACAACUACAACCAUCACAAAUGCAACUGGUCUAACCAUCUCUGGUCAAAACUAUUACGAAGUAAAGGAAGGAGAGAAUCUAGAUGUGAUCUGCAGACCAUCACUAGAGACUGUAGGACUGGAAUGGGAACUGCCACAAACAGUUGUUUCCAAUGAGGCCACCACAGUGGUCCAGUACAGAGAGCCACUCCGCCACACCUUGACCAUCCGCAUGGCCAACAUCAACCACAAUGGAAGCUAUACCUGCAGUGUUGUGGGAGAUGAACAUGGAGUUAUCUCCCCUAUUACUGCCAGUGUUCGAGUCCUAGAGAAGUGUCUGGAAGAUUUUUCUGGUGGUGUCUUUUGGGACGUUGCCUUUGAUGGAGACACAGUGGCUAAACCAUGCAGAGCUGUUGAUGAGAGAUUUAGUCCAGUGGUGAAGGUGUACAGGAGGUGUUUGUCAAAGAGGAGAUGGACAUCAGUUGAUUUCUCGGGUUGUGUUCUGUCUUCUGGUGAGCAACAAGUCCUCGUCAUCAUCUCACUACAAGCCAUCAUCACCAGUGAUGGUGAUAGCAGUAGUCAAAUAAACAUUUCCAGGCUCAAUGAUGAGUUGAGGGAGAUUACCGUUGCUAGUGGAGGAUCAACUCCAACAAAUUCAUCUCUCACAAUUCUGCCUCAGACUCUGGACCAGCAGUACUCUCUGCUAGUAUGGAAGGUGUCCUACACCACUGCAGAACUGGCACUGGCUGGACAACUGGAGAGUGUGUUCUGCAGUGACCAUAACUUCACCAUAAACUCCAGUAGAGUUGUCAUUGACAGUAAACCUGAUAUUGUGGCUGUCAUGAGAUCAGAUUUCUGUGAAUGCAAACACGUUCAAGUCAUGAGUAUGGGUGAUAAUGAGGGAUCAGACAAUAAUGAAGGCACUCUUACUUUUAAGCAGUGUCCUAACAUGAUUUUGGUUCAGGAGCUUUGUAAUGGCACCAUUGCUAGUCCCCUGUGACUGCCAACCAUUUCAAGAGUGUCAGUGUGCAUCUCCCUAUGUUGGCGAUGGGUCACUGUGUGUGUUGGACAGUGAUGGAGAUGGCUACCCAGACAGAGCUCUGAAAACUUGUUCCACUGGUGACCAGCAGACGUACUGCAGUGAGGACACCUGUCCCUUUGCCCCAAAAUCAUGAUCAGAGUGACACCUCACCUUGUGUAGGAGAUGAAACAGAUUGUCCUGAGGAGGUGGAUGAAGACUGGAAUAUCCAGUGGCCUUUCACUCCAGCUGGAGUUACUGUUACUGUAUCCUGUGGUGUUGACUUUGUUGGUAAUGCUACCAGACUGUGUCAAUCAACUCUGAUUUGGGCUGAGACUAACGUGACCAACUGUCAGAGUCGUGUGUUUGUUGACAUCAUGGAAAGAGCUGAAGAGGCUAUCGAGAGUGAGGAUACUGAGGUAGUGCUUGAAGUUGUUGGGGAAUUAGUAGAAGCCACAGCAGAUGAGGAAACCCCUCAAUUACCACGUGAUCUUAACACCACCAAUGAAAUUAUUACAGAAACUUUAGAUCUUCUCUUCAGUAAUCUAGACACUACAACUGGACAGAAUGAGACAAAUAUAACAGUAGCAGAUGCUACAGUAAUAUUUGAAGCUCUGGACAACAUUCUGUCAGAGAGCAACCAAGCAGGUUUUGACAGCCUACAAGAGAUUGGAGUGGGCAGUCAGGCUGUUCUGAUGAAUGCCGAGUCUUUUGGACUGUUUGCUGCUCGAGUGCUGGCCACAGAUGAAGAUAUGAGGCCCGGUCAAGUUGUAAAUAUCACUGGAGAGAACAUGGCUCUAAGGGCCCAGAGUAUAGUAGUAAAUGAGGGCACUCGGUACUCAUUCCCAAGUCCAGAGGAGGUCAAGAACCUUGCUCUGCCUAACGCCACUCUAGCCAACAUCUCCCUUACUUCUUCAUUCCUGGCCGAGCGAGCUGCUGGUCAAGACUCAAUGUCAGUGGUAGUAGCCAGUGUACUCUUUGCCACCCUUCAAACAUUUCUUCCUCGUACUGCAUCAGACGGUGUUGGUGGAGAGCCAGCAUCUCUGAUUAUUUCCACUCAAAUAGCAGUUGAUGGGGAAAAGAUAACCACAAACAGUCAGUCAGAAGAACAAGCUGUUGCAAUCGAGUUCCAAUUCCCAGCUGUGCCCAUUAGAGACAUUUUUGAAGAACUGGUAGUGCGGUGUGCGUUUUGGAACUUUGGAAAUGACUCUAAGAAUCUGGCAGACAGUGGUUGGUCAGUGGAGAAUGUGACUACAGAGAAGAUAACAGUCAGUGGAGACCAAUCCACUGUCCAGUGCUCCAGUACCCAUCUCACAAGUUUUGCUGUUCUGGUGGAUGUCAGGGGAGUCAAGAUAAAUCCAAGAGCACUCUCUGUUGUGUCAUACAUUGGUCUGUCCAUAUCCAUUAUUUGCCUCAUCUUUACCAUCAUAUUCUUCAUUAAUCUUCGGAAAAAGUUGUUUACUGCUGUCCACAACUUUAUUCACCUCAACCUGGCCAUAUCACUGCUGAUUGGAUACCUGGUGUUUGCUCUUGGAGUUGAGCUUGCUGCCAGCAAUAAGAUUGGCUGCAAGGCAGUGACAGCCCUGGUCCAGUACUUCUUCCUGGCAGCCUUCUCGUGGAUGCUGUGUGAGGGAGUCAUGCUCUACCUCAUGCUGGUAAAGGUCUUCUCAACACUCAAAGAGAAGUGGUGGUUCUUUCUCCUUCUUGGUUGGGGUAUCCCCCUGCCAUUUGUCAUAAUUGGACUUGGAGCUCUGCAUGAGGAGUAUGGUGUGAAAGACAUCACUGGGAAAUACCAAUAUUGCUGGCUCUCAUCUGGUGAUGGAACAUACGCUAUAUGGACUUUUGUUGCUCCAAUGCUUGCCAUCAUACUGAUAAAUGUUGUGUUUCUGGUGCUGGGUUCUUUGGAGCAUUUACAAAGCCAGAACCAACCAACAGCUCACAAAGAAAACAAUGAAGGGGGAAAUGAAAGGAAGCAACAUGGAUGUGGUCAAGCACAUUUUGAAAGCCACGGUCAUUCUCCUGCCACUGCUGGGAAUGACCUGGGUGUUUGGACUGCUGGCUGUCAAUGAGAACACUGCAGUGUUUGCCUGGCUCUUCACCAUCUUCAACUCUUUACAGGGUGUAUUUAUAUUUUUCUUCCAUGUUUUAAGAAACAAGACUGUAUCAUCAAGAGUACACAAGAGAUACUCCCUGUAUUCUUCAACCAUCUCUAACAAGUUUGGAACACUCUCAAGCACAUUGCGCAGAUCAAGGACUUCAUCAACAAGUUCUUCAAGGCCACCAUCUCUGAGCUUCUAUGGCAGCAGAACCUUGUCUGAAGCAGAGAGUCACUUCAAUCGUGAGUCCAUCAUUGUACAGAGUCCCAAAGCUUCCAGUCAUCUUUGAGGGGAAGGAGAUGGACCUCAGGUUCUCUACGCUGAAUGAGAGUGAUGUAUUUGAUGAUGAGAUUGAGGAGGAAGAAGAAAGUGCAUUUGCGCCUAUUGUUGUGCACUCUGUCAGCAUUGUAAAGGUCAAUCCUGGAGCGAUGGACGACAACUAAACACUCUUUCAUAAUGCAUUUAUCUUUUAUUGCCUGUCUGCAUAUAUGUUUUAAGACAGAUUUAAAAUACUACAUGCAAGUAGGGUCACUGGAGGCCUUGACAAAAUUUGUUUUUUUCUCUGCCUAGCUAUUUUGCUUUUCUUUUUUGCUCAAUAUUUUUACCUAUUUUGCUUUAUAAGUGUACCUCUUUUGCUUUUUAUUGUACGCAAUUUUCUUGUAGAAAUUUCCAUUAAAAAUGUCUGAGUACAUACUAAAACACUAAACAACUGAGUCAUUAUGAAAAAUGGAACGACUGUUGUACUGUAACAUGACUGACGGUUAAUUCCUCCUCAGAAAGCCAAAAAAUGGACGUGCCCUGACCGUAUAUUUGUAAUAAAACGUGUAUUCUACCAUGCGAAACAUU